GAUUGACCCUUACUUUGGAGGGGUCAUUGGCACUAAUUCACAUGUCAAUUCCAACAACUUGUCCUUACUCUGUUUCAGAGGCUCCUUCCUCCUCUUCAGCACCCCCCCUUUUAUUUCUAACGGCUAUAUUCCCAUUCUUAAACAAUACAACAGUCCCCAAAAUCUAAAAUAAUCAUUCAAAUAGAAACGUUACAUUUCCCACCAAUCUCGAUCCCUUAUAAUUCCCCAUUUCUCGCCAUCCUCUGUUCCCCCUUUCUUACAAAUCCCCUUCUCUCUCUCUCUUAAUUGAUCCAAUCUUUUCCUCUGUUUUCGCCUACUACUAUAAUGGACGCGAUUGUCGAUCCUGCCGCUACGGCGGCCGCCGCUGCUUCAGUCCAGCACGUCACCAAGAGAUCCUCGGACGAGCUGCUGCGCAAGUUCGCGGAGCUGGGUGAGGAGGAAGAAGAAGAAGAAGAGUUGGCGAAGCAGUCAUGGAAACGGAGGCGAAGCUGCUCGAGAAAGAUGGCGGUGGUGGUGAGAAGAGCUACGGCGGACGACGACGAGGAAGGGUGCGAUAGCCCGUCGCAGUUUGUGGUGGAGAGGAGGUCGCUGCUGCCGGUGACGGCGCCGAGGAAGAAGUGGCGCGGCGGCGGCAGAGGCAGAGGAGGAGGGAUUAAGAACAAGAAGUUCAUUCUCAUGGACACCAUCGAAAAGGCCUGGAGGAGAGCAUUAGAAGGAGCUUCGAGGGUGAUACUGGAGAAGCAGUAUGGCAAUCGACACAGGCGCCUGAUUAGCGACGUUGCAGUCUAUUAAUUAAUUAAUGAUCUAAUUAUGCUUAAUCUGAUCUAUUGCUCUUCUCUAUUUUCUCGUUUUCCUUUGUUCCUGUGACUGGAACUAUGUGCUUAUAUUAAUUAUCAUGUCUUGAUGAUGAGUUGGAUUGUGUUUUGUUUCGACCGAACCAAAUCGAUUAAGGUUAGUGGGUUAAUGUACUUGUGAACUCAACAUUCAAUGUUAAUCUCAAAGCAAAGACGAUUGUGGAUAUUGACUAAUCCCGAUGGGACUUUGUGUGUCUGUUUCAAGUAAAAUGGCAUCAACCUAUGUGAGUCUACUGAUCAAUUUGCAAGAUGGUCAAGAUUUGAAUAACUUUUGGUGCAUAAUUACCAAGGAUAACAUCACAACGAAUUUCAAAAGAUUUUUUUUUAGUGUAUGAGACAAUGUUCAUUGGGAACUAACUAACUAACUACAUUAUAUAUCAUAUGCAACAUCAAGAUGAUAAUGUGUCGCCAUGCCAAUCAUAUUUGAUGUGGAAAGCAUUGAUGAUGGCUGGCCCAAUUUACAGCAAAACCCCUGCAAACCAGUCUACCUCUUACAAGCAAUGUUGAAAUUCAAACCAUGUUGCAAUGCUAUCUUUCUUUUCCCUUCCUCAAAUCCAAGUCGGGUAGUUUGCAGAAUAUGAGUUUAAAUUCACCAGCGGCGGAUCCAGAACACUGAAGUGCACUAGGCCGCAUUUUAUUAGAAAAUUAGAAUAGUAAAAAAUAUAAUGAUUAUAAUUUUUUUACAAUGUAAAUUGUACACGACGGUAUUUUAAUUUAGCGAAUGCAUUAAUAAUGGAGUCCACAUCCAUAUCAAUAGUAUACACUGUUUCAAAUAAAAUACUUGAGCAAUCGACUAGAAAUCCAUCGCUCAUUUUGUUGCGCAAAUCAAUUUUCACAUGUUUCGUUGUUGGAAAUGUUCUAUUCGUAUUAGCUGUUGAAACGAGCAACAUCAACACUAGACAAAUCAAUCUACUAAUCAUUUUACAUUGUGUUUCCAUCCCUAUAUCCACCAGCUGCUCUAGUAGAUUUUCCAAGGUAACAAACCUCAUAUAUGUUUUAGUCUUUUAAGUUUUAAACUUUUUGAAUUUUUACUUUUUAGGUUUCAUUGUUUUUUAGACGAAUAACCUUUAGGGUUAGAAUUUACAAGCUAAAUUUAGAGUAGUGAUUUUGAAUUUGUUCAUCUAAAUUAUUUUUCUAAUUAUACCCAAUCUUAUUUUAAAAUAACAACGACCCGAAUAUCUAAAAUCGAAAAAUUCAUAAGACCUAUACUAACUAUGGAUCCAGAGGAGGGCUGGGCCGGGGCCCGGGGUGGCCACCCCCUGGAUCCGCCACUGAAAUUUACAGAUUGUCAACAAUCUAAAGAUUCUAACUCUUCGGAUUGUUGAAAACAAAUUUUAAAAUGUUUAUUGUUUGGUAACUGUGAUUGUUAACAUUCAAAUACAAUAAAAAAAAUUAAUUUUAUAUUAAAUACCAUGUUUAUCCUUAAUAAAAAAAUUAGAGUGGUUCGAGAAAUAUUAAAAACUUUGUUGAUAAAUAUAUUUCACGUGAUAAAUAAAUAAAAGGAAGCGAAAAAUUAGGAGAGAAAAAAAUCUCACGAAUCAAAAUAUAGAAUAUCUCUGAUUAUGAGAGAUUUGAUAUCCGCAGAUUUUAGAGAUUUGAAAUCUCUAAAACUAGAAUCCACAAUACAAAAAGCAACAAAAAAAAAACAUAACUUUCUGCAAAAUUUACGGAUUCAGUGAAUCCAUAUCCUGAAUCAUUGUUCUCCAAACGACCCCUAAAAGUAUUAUGAACUUAUCACACAAUACAAUCUUUUUGAUCAAACCAUAUAACAAUGAUCCGUAAGCUAUUCAAACAAGAAAAAUACAAUAAUUGUUUAGGUAUUCAAUCUCAUUCUUGUUCCAACACUAUCACCUUUUUUUCUACUUUUGUCGGUUCUAGGGAGUUGUUUUCAUAACUAGGAAUUUGUAUGACCAAUAAAAUUUGAAGUCAUAU